AUGAUAUAUAUUGAAUGCCAACUUUGUAANUGGAUAUUUUGAUUAAUUAGAGACAUCUUAACUUUUUGAUUAUCUAAAUGAAAUUUCAGUAAGAUAUAUUUAAUUCGAAUAUAAUUUGAUUUAAGGUCAAAAUGAACCAUGUCGAUUAAAAAAUAAAUAAAUUUUCUCUAAAAUAGCUUAAUAUGUUUUUUCCAUAUAAUAAAUUGAUAUUAAAUUUAAAGGAAUAUUAUUAUAAUCCACCAAUUCAAUAAACUUAUCUAUCAUCCCUUAAUUAAAAAUUAGUAACUUUACAACAAUAAGUUUUGAAAACAUAAAUUUUUAUUUUGAAGACAAUGAAAAUUACUUUAACAGAAACUCUUUUAUUUUUAUUGAUAAUUUGAAAAAUAAAAUGACCUUGAAUCUAAUAGAUUGUAAAUUAGAAAGUGAAAGUGCUUUAAAAACUGAUCAAAUCUUCAAAAUUAAUUCAAAUAUUCCUUAUUCCUUAUACAUAACAAACCUUCUAAUUAGCAAUAUAAAACUACAUUAAUCUGAUAUUUUUUCUUUUAUAUCCUUAAACAAUCUUUCUUAAAAUUAAAUUCAAAUAUCCAAUAUGACAAUUAGAAAUUGCAUUUUUACAAAUUCAACAUUAUUCAAAUUCUAAGCAAAUAUUAAUCAUCUUCAAUAUUAAUCCAGAUUAACAAAUAUUAGUAUCUUUGAUACUACAUUUAUUUUUUCAAACUUCUUCAUUUGUAAUGGUUUAUUUGAUUAUACUGUAGGAACUUUACAAAUUCAUUAAAUAUCUUUGCAUAAUGUUAAAAUUUUGCAAAAUUCAAACAUUUUUUGGAUUUCAGUUAUUGAAUCAGCAAAAAUUAAAUCGUUAAGUUUAACAAAUUCUCACCUUUAAAAUAACUCAAUAUUGUAUUCAAGUAAUGUGAUAAAUUUAUAAGAUUUUAUUGUAAACCAAACACUUAUAGAGUCUAGUAGUUUAAUACAUAAUAAAGUUGAAUAUUCAAAAUCUUAAUUAGCCUUAAAUUAAUCUUAAAAUAUCCUAGUAAAGAAUUUAUAAGUUUUAAAUACUCAUUAUAAUAACAAAUAGUAAAUCAUAAGUAUUGUUAAAUAUAAUGAAAUAGAUUAGUUAAUGUUUAAUAUAACUAAUUUGAUAAUUUAAAAUUGUAUAUCUAACAAAAAACUAUAAAAUACUUAGGUAUCUUUUGAUUAAGUAAUGAUAUAUAUUGAAUGCCAACUUUGUAAUCUAUAAGAUAUAAAUAUAUAGAGAGGAUAUGGAUUUCCUGAAAUGGCCAUACUUAAUUCAGACAGUUUAGAAAUAAGAAAUUUUUAAUUUUUCUCAAGAUUAAAAAUAUUUUUCAAAUGUCUUACAUUCAAAUAUUGAUUGUGUAUCAUAAUUUGCUAUCAUGGAACUAUAUUUCUUUUUAUAUGUGGGUUAAUAUAAAAAUAUUAUUAUUGAUAAUUUAAAUGUUUCAAACUGUUUAAGUUUCAAUACUCCAUUUAUUAUUUUUAAAGGGUAUGAUUUAAUGUAGAAAAUUGUAGAAGAAACAAUUUAUGUGCAAGAUUCUUAGUUUAAUUCAAAUUUAUUAAUAAUCUCAACAAGGAAUAAAAAUACUGCUUUAAUUUUUUUAGAAUCAAAAUAAAAGGGUCUUAUAACAUUUAUUAAUACAAAGUUUUCCUAUAACCAUUUAAAUCAAUAUUAUUAAGCUUUGCCUUAGAUUUCUUCUACUACAUUAUUGUUAUCUUUAAAGUAUGGAAAUGUUAUUUUAUAAGGUUGUUAAUUUAAUUAAAAUUUGGUAACAAACUCAACAGAUUCAAUAUUAUAUAUUGAUUCAGAAUAGUUAUAUGUUAAGGAUUCUAAUUUUACAAACAACAACAUAAUGAAUUACACUUUAUUGAGUAGAUAUACUAUAUUAUCAAGUGCUUAAGAUAUAUCUGUUAUUAACUUUAAAUUUAUAUUUCCAAUUAAAUCUAAUAGUGGGAAUGGUAUGAUAAUUUCUAAUUUAAUAGCAAUUCAAAAUAUCAAAGUAGAUUCUUCUUUUUCUAUAUUUGGAGGAGGUUUUUAUAUAAUUGCAACUGGUAUAAGUAUUAUUAAUAUUACUAAUUCUGAAUUUUCAAAUACUAGAACCACUCUAUCUUCAUUAUAUUUUUCAAAAGGUGGUUGUUUUUAUAUUGAUGCUGUUUCAGCUGAAUUAACUCUUAAGAUUAAGAAUGUUACAUUUGAUACAUCUUUUAGUAGAUAUGAUGGAGGUGCAAUUUAUAUUAUUCCAUCUGAAGUUUCUAAUAUAAUUGAAUUUGAUUAAUUGAUUGUUAAGGAUUGCUUUUCAAUUUAUAAUUAAUUUUUUUCAUAUGUUCUUUUAAAAAAAGAAACUGUUAAAUCUUAAAUUGUUUUUAAAAAUAUUUAUUUCUAUUCUACAAAAGAAGGACUGGAAAAUUAUUAUUCAUAUUUAGAUGAUAUAACUGAUGAUGAUGUAUUCAAUAUUAUUAAAUCUAAUCCUUUAGUUUAUGUUGAAUUUGGAAACGUUAGUAUUUAUAAUUGUAGUUUUUAAUCUAUUUAUAUGUAAUUUUUAGUAAAAAUUGUACAAGCAUAAUAAAUUUUGUUAUCAAAUAUUAAGAUUAUUAAUUGCACUGUAGGAUUUUCUCCUCUGAUCCAAUUAAAUUUAAGAUAAUGUAAUUAUAUAUAAAUAUAUAGUAAUAUUCAUAGUACAUGAUGCCAAUUUAUAAAUAUUCAAUCUUUAAAUAAUUUAAGUUUAUCAAAUUAUAAAGACUGAAGAGAGAUUAUGCUUAAUAAUUAAUACAGCAAUUCCCUUUUCUUUAAAUUGUCCUCUCAAAAUUACUUAAAUAAAGACUUAAAUUACAGAUAAUAUUGAUAAUUAAUAAAAUUUAAAUCAAUUAAUAUGUAAUCAAGCUAAAAUUUUGAAAAAUCAAUCUUUCACUUUUGGUUUAAUUGAAAUAGAAUUGAUUAAUAUAAGACAUAAGCUAUUAAUUGAAAAAAUGGAUAUUUAAAAUGUUUAAUGUCCUAAAUGCUUAUUUGGUUUGAUAAAAAUUUUUGAUAUCUAACAAUAAGAUAAAUAAAACAUUAAAUUUUCAUAAAUUAUAAUUACAAACAGUGAAUGUGGUAGGACUGGAUGUCUUUCAAUUGUUAAAAAUACAAAUGAGUUUAUUAUUUAAGAUCCUACAAUAAAUUAUCGAAUAUUGUAAUAACACAAUUAUGAAAAUCUUUUGGAUAACAUGAAAUAUUAAAUGAUCAUCGAAAAAAGUAAAUUUAUGAAUAAUACUGCAUAAUAUGGUGGUUCACUUUUAAUAAUUAGGGUUAAUACUAUUAUAAAGGAUUGCAUUUUAAAAAAUAAUUUAGCAGAUAUUGGAGGAGCUAUUUAUUACUAAUCUGAGAAUGAAGAAAUAUAUAUUUUGGAUUCAAAAAUAAUAGAGAAUAAAGCUAAGAUUGCAGGAGGUUUGUAUUUAAAUUAUUAAUCACUUUAAUUAACUAAAUAAUUAGAUUUAUACUUGGAUGAUAAUAAUUCAACUUUAUAUGGAUCGAAUGCUUUGGAUAAACCUAGAUCAUUAACAUUAUCAGUUAAUAUUUAUCAAAUGUUACUAGAGAAGAAAAAUAUAAAAAAUAUAGAUAAUUAAAUAGUUGAACAAAUAAUUAUUAAUCCAUAUAAGACUUUAGGUUCUGAAUCUGAAAAUUCUUAAUUGAUAUUGCCUUCUGGAAUAAGAAUAGCCAGUUACAGGUAUUUUGAUCCUAUACAAUCAGAAUUUAUUCCUUAUAAUCUUAAAUUCAGAAUUAUUGCUUUAGAUAAUUUUUAAGAAUAAAUUAUGGGUUUAUAAGGUUCUACUUGCAAUUUACAGCCAAAAGCAUUUAAUUUAAGUUCAUAAAAAGAAGAAUAUGAUAUUUAAUUUAGUUUAUCUUAAUAUGAUGUCUAAUUUGAUGAAUAAAGUGGUGAUUAUAAUUUAGAUAAUCUAAUCAUUUAUUUCAAUCCUAAUUAUGAUUAAGAUUUAGUUCUUCGAUUAUAAAUAUAAUGUAGCAGUGUUUCUGUUCCAUUAUAUGAAAAUAGUGCACCUUUUUAAAUAUAUGAUUAUAUCACAAAUUAUACAUUAUAGGUUGAUAUUCGAACAUUCCCUUGUCAAUUAGGUGAAUUCUUAAAUCAAACUUCUGGUGGAUGUGUUCUUUGUGAUAAAUUUUAGAAUUAAUACUAAGUAUCUUAGACAGCUUAAAAUUGUAGUUAUAAAGACGAUACUAAAAUAAAAUCAGUGGAAUCAAGUAUGAUAGAAUUAAGAGAGCAUUAUUGGAGAGCAUAUUAUUAUAGUUAAAAUAUUGAAUAUUGUUAUCAUUUAAAAGAGAAUUGUUAAGGAGGUUGGAGAUCAGGAGAUUAAUCAUGUAUAUUAGGACAUAUAGGAGCAUUAUGUGAAUAGUGUGAUUUAUAUAAUUCUAGAGGAAGUGGAUCUUAUUCUAUAAGUUCAACCUAUAAAUGUGGAAGUUGUGAUGAAAUAGCUUAUUAUGUUAUUACAAUAAUAUUUGUAAGUAUUUGGACUUUGAUUUCAACAUUAAUGUCAGUAAGUAGUACAAAAUUAAUUAUUGAAGAAUUUGUUAAAGGUUUAAGUUUAAAGGCCUUUGGAGUAAGAAUAGCAAUAAAAGAAGCUCAAACUGCUAUUCUUAUUAAAGUAUUCACAAAUUAUCUUUAAAUUAUCUCUACGAUUUCUACAUUUUAAUUGUAAGUUCCAGUAGGAUUAGCUUCAGUUAUUAAUAGUGUUGGUAAUCCUAUUGAGUCACUUGCUUAUUCAUUAGAUUGCUUCUUAGUUAAUAUUACUAAUAUAUUAAUAAUAUAUUUUCGAAUUAUUUGGAGUUUAGUUAUAACUUCAAGUUAUAUAGUUAUUAUUUUUAGUUUUGUUGGAAUUGCAACUAUUACUAAAAUAAUAAAAUUCAACUUUUCUUUUAUUUCGACAUCUUUGAUAUAUUUAUUCAUAUUUUUGUAACCAAAUUUGAUAGGAAUUAUAAUUUCACUAUUAUCUUAUAGAAGUAUUUCAAAUGAAUAAUGGAUUUAAGGCAAUGUAGCUUAUAGAUAUGAUACAGUUUAACAUGCUAAAUGGGCAAUCACAUUUUGUUUUCCUUUACUUAUCACUUUUGGUUUCAUAAUUCCUUGUUUUUUGUGGUAUGGAGUUUAUAACAAUAAACAUCAUCUUGAUUUUUCAUAAGUUAGAAAAAAAUGGGGAUAUUUAUAUAAUGAAUAUAGGAUUCAUGCCUAUUUUUGGGAAACACUCAAGAUAAUGCAAAAAGAAAUCAUUAUUAUUGUUUUGGCUUAUUAUGAUGAUCUUGUACCUCUUAAAGCAUCUUUAGUAUUCCUUGUUUUAUUUUGUUAUAGUUUUAUAGCAAUUAAAAAAAAACCAUAUAUGACUGGAUAAUUAAAUUUAAUUGAUACAUAAUCUACAGUUAUUUGUGCUAUAUCUAUUAUUUUGGCUAGUUCAAUCUAUACAGCACAAUAAUAAUAAUUACAUGAAAUUGUAUGGCCUUUUUAUAUUAUAAUUGCUUUUCUUAAUGGUUUUUAUAUACUUAGAAUGAUUAUAUCAAUUCUAUUUGCAUAUUUCUACAAACUUCAUGAUAAAAUAGACAUUAUAAAAGAACUAAUAUCAAAAUAAUUCCCUACUGCUGUGAAAUCUCAUCCUUGUUUUAGACAUUUCUUUGAGACACACAAAAAUUAAUAAGCUAGAAUUAAAUUAAAAUUUGCAAAAUUGAGAGAAUAUUUAUUACCUUAAGCUCGUUUAAUUAUAGAUCUUAAAAAGUAUAAUUUAUUAAUAUUAAAUUAGAUUAAAAAGAUUAGAAACAUCUUCAAAAAAUAUUAUUUUGAAAAGAAGUAAUAAAAAUAAAAAAGAAACUGAAUAAUAAUAAUUUUCUGCAGAAAUCUUUAGUGCCAAUAGUCCUAACCUUCUAUAAUAGAAUUAAAUCAAAAAAAAUGAAUUCUCUUUUCCAAGUUCUAUAAGAGAAUAAUAAUCAUUUUUUAUUUAGUUCUAAAGAGAUGAUAAAAAAUAAUACUAACACCCUGAGAAUUACAAGCGAAAAAAUGUUUGA